CAAAAUUUUUAUUCUUCAGUCUUUUUAGAUUUUACUAAAGUUCAAUUUUAAGUUCAAAAUUUUGGGUUCAUUUUAUGAGUUAUUAUCUUGCACCAAUUCUAUAUCAAAACACAACUGCACUAUGGCUACGCAAGGUAUCAUACCAUUUCCGUGUCGAAAACCAAGAUCUUUGGCAUCCAAGCUGAAUUCUACCUCUCCGUAUAAAUCACCAAAAAAUCAGGAGAAUGUUAGAAGAACAUUGAUGUCUAUUUCCAACAUUCAAAAUGGCAAUAAUCCAUGCAUCCGAUCCAUAAUGCCACAACCACGAUCACCAAGAAAAAGAUUGGGCGAUUCAACAAACACAACGGAAGGUUGGACAAAUGAUGAUUUUUUGAAUGAACUAUUCAAACUCUCACCCUGCUCUCCAGUGAAACAAAGAAAAGAAAUUGUUGAUAAAACGCAACACACAUCGAAAACUCCGACCAAAUCAGUUUCGAGAUCUUGUGAUUUUCAAUCUCCCACAAGAGCGAUUCUUUCUCCUAUACGAGCAUUAUCACUGAAUUCACCAUGUAGAAAAACUCAGAUCAACGACAAAAAUGUGAAAUCUAAAACGGCCAAAGUUUUGCAAUUAAAACUUGCAAGAAUAGAGGCACCUGGGGAUGAUCAGAAGUUAGCGCCUGAUGAAACGCCGACCAAACCUACUCGAAAUCGUAAAACUGUGUCAAUCAGCGAGAAAAAAAGCAGAAAGGCAAAAAUUGAUAACACUUAUGCUACGUCAACAGUUUCGAUUAGGAGGGUUACACGUUCAGCAAAAAAAAUCCACAAAUUGAAACUAUUCGAAGAAGAUGAUUUUAAAGAAAAUGAAGAUCCGAAUGAACUUUCACCUUCGCCUAAAAAGCGACAAAAGCCAGCUUCCGAGAGCAGUAAAUACCAAAGAGUCUGCAGGACUUUGCUUCCACCUUCACCUGAAAAACAAAAAGCGAAACGAGCUUUGUCACCUGUGCCGUUGUCACCGAAAAAAUUGACUGAACAGAUCGUCGCGAAAGCUGUUUCACCAAAAACGAGUCGCAGUCUUGAAAAUGCACUGGAAACUCCACCAAAGUUAGCAAGUCCCUCGCGCUCAAGACGAAUGUUGGAAAUGCAUAGACCUGACGGUUUUAUUUACCAACACACGAAGCGUGCCUUACAUUCAUCAGUGCCAGAUGUUUUAGUUGGUCGAGAAGAGGAAAUCCAGAAAAUCUCUCAAUUUAUAUCAUAUGGUGUGACAAAUCAGAAGUCUGGUAGUCUUUAUAUAUCUGGUGCUCCCGGAACGGGGAAAAGUGCUUGCUUGAUGAAAGUUCUUAACAAUGAUAAGAUCACCAAUGCCUCAGCAAAGAAGUCCGUUGUGAUCUCAAUAAAUUGUAUGUCAAUGCGGAAUUCAACUGCUAUAUACACAAAAAUUGCUACAGAGUUGGGAGCAAAAUCAUCUAAAUGUAAAACUGUGCGUUCUGCCAUGAAGUACCUUGAAACAGUGUUAACUUCUGAUGGACCUUCUGUCAUUUUAUUAUUGGAUGAGAUGGAUCAGCUGGAUAGCAAGAAUCAAGAAGUUUUGUACACAAUAUUUGAAUGGCCAGCUCUAGAAAAUUCUAGAUUGUUGCUUAUUGGCAUUGCAAAUGCUUUGGACUUGACUGACAGAAUCUUACCAAGACUUCAGUCUCGAUCAAAAUGCAAGCCAACAUUGAUAAACUUUCAACCAUAUUCUAAAGAUCAAAUUGUAGCCAUUCUGGAAGGAAGGAUUAAACAGACAAUGGCUGAAAACUGUAACGAGAGAGUAAUAGAUGCAAUGGCUGUUCAAUUCUGUGCAAGGAAGGUUUCUGCCGUGGCUGGCGAUGCAAGGAAAGCUCUCGAUGUUUGCAGACGUGCUGUAGAAGUUGUCGAAACUAGCGUUAAAUCACAGCACGUUCUAUCACCAUCUGGGAAAGAGAACUGUGUCAAUCCAGUUACCAAGAAAGUGGGAUUGCAACAGAUCGCAGGAGUACUUUCUGGUGUUUAUGAAUCAUCAAUUGCCCACAAAGCAAAGACAAAUGAUGAAGAAAAUGAGGAAGAAGCGUUUCCACUUCAACAGAAGCUUGCAAUUUGUACUCUUAUUCUUCUGUCUCGUCACAUCAAAUGCAAAGAAGUCACAAUGGGAAAGCUCCAUGAAGCGUAUACAAAAAUAUGCAAGAAGAGACAAGUCACUGCUGUCGCACAAUCAGAGUUUAGUUCUAUAUUACAACUCAUCGAGACUCGUGGAAUUCUGAGCAUCAAACAAAAUAAGCAAGCAAGAAUGACAAAGAUUUCACUGUCUCUGCAAGAAAAAGAUGUUGAAUAUGCCUUGCAAGAUAAAACUCUUCUUACUACAAUUUUACUCGAGGGUCUACCAAAGUAAUUUAUCAUGAAACCUAUUUUACCUUUUCCGUUUGUUAAGUACUGCCAAGCUAUUUCGUGCUUUGUACUGUGUUAGUGUUCAUUUCGUUGUUUUUUCCCUUUAUUUGAGGCAAUAUUGUGAAAGAUUCAAAUGUUUUUUAGAAUUUUAACCAUGUGCUUUUUGAUUGAAAAAUCUUGGUGCUGCUGUUUUUAAAUGUUUUAUUAUUUCUUUGCAAGUUGUUUUAUCGUGAUGUUAUCACUGCCUCAAUAAAUAGCAUGUUUAAAAACAGCUUUUUGAAGUUGA